AUGGUGAGUAAAAACAACGAUGAUAAUAGAUCAGAAGAUGUGAUAAUUGAGAUUUUGUCGAGGCUGCCGGUGAAAUCACUUAUGCGAUUGAAGUGUGUUUGCAAAUAUUGGUCCACUCUGAUUAGAAACUCUAGUUUCAUUUCCAGGCACUUCCACCACCAUAGCAACAUUGCUCAUCUUUGUGUUCAACAUUACGAUUAUAGCACCGAAAAAUAUACUUUUGCCUUGUUCCCAAAUGAAACGGUUACUAACUCAUCGGUUGAAUAUCACAAUCUUGGUGAUUUUCAAAUGCCCACUCAACCAGGUAUUCUUGGUAUCUUCCAUGGCAUAAUCGGUCUUCACGAUACGAAUCGCAUAGCUCUGUGGAACCCUGCUAUUAAAGAAUUUAAGGUCCUCCAUGUACCAGAACCUGACGUUCCAGAAUAUUCUUACAUCUUUCAUCAUUUUUCAGGAUUUGGAUUGGAUCCCAUCACCAACAACUACAAGGUUGUACGAAUUUGGGAAUAUGGGGAGCAUAGUGAAGAACUAGAGUUUGUUAGGAUUGCUGCCGUAUAUAACCUAUAUGCUGAUUCUUGGAGACUUUUUGAAGUUGAUUUGGGUCCGCUAAAUCGAGUGCAUCAAUCUUUAUCUAACACAUAUAUGAAUGGAUUUUAUUAUUGGAUGACCAGUUACGAUGACAUAUUAAUCCUUGCUUUUGACAUGGAUAAAGAGAUUAUGGGACAUAUACCAGGGCCUCCACUUCCCAAUUAUAAUUAUGGGGAAAUAGUCUUGCACAAUAAUUCUAUUGCUUUGUUACAUUGGGAUCGUGAAGAUGAUGAGAAAUUCUUUGACAUAUGGGUGAUGGAAGAGGAGAGAUUUUGGACCAAAGAAUUAACCAUUGGACCUCUUCUAGGUAUUCGUACCCCGCUUGGUUUUUGGAAGAAUGGUGAGGUAUUCCUUGAAACUGACAACUCAGAGUUGGUUUUAUACAAUUGUAAUACCCAUGAAAUGAAGGAUUUUCAAAUUCAUGGAAACAAGGAUGCUUUUCAGAAUAGUAUUUGGACUUUUAUCUACAGGAGAGCUUAG